AUGACCGCCUCGGCCAAACAGAGGUGCGGCUGGGGAGCGGACUACAGGCCCCAGAAGGCAGUGCGCCGGCGGGGCUGGGAGCGGGCUGAAGGGGCGGGCUCUCCGGGUUACGCCUGCGGGGCUCUGUGGGGACCACCUGACAGAACUGGUGGGCAUCUCUGCCCUCCCGAAUGGAUCCCCUGCCUGCCCUCACACCUGUCCUCUCUCCCCAGUGACUACCUAUUUAAGCUGCUUUUGAUCGGCGACUCGGGCGUGGGCAAGUCCUGCCUCCUGCUGCGGUUUGCUGAUGACACGUAUACAGAAAGCUACAUCAGCACCAUCGGUGUGGACUUCAAGAUCCGCACCAUCGAGCUGGACGGCAAGACCAUCAAACUGCAGAUCUGGGACACAGCUGGCCAGGAACGGUUCCGGACGAUCACCUCCAGUUACUACCGGGGAGCCCACGGCAUCAUCGUGGUAUAUGACGUCACUGACCAGGAGUCUUACGCCAACGUGAAGCAGUGGCUACAGGAGAUCGACCGCUAUGCCAGCGAGAACGUCAACAAGCUCCUCGUGGGCAACAAGAGCGACCUCACCACCAAGAAGGUGGUGGACAACACCACAGCCAAGGAGUUCUCCGACUCUCUGGGAAUCCCCUUCCUGGAGACCAGCGCCAAGAACGCCACCAACGUGGAGCAGGCCUUCAUGACCAUGGCCGCCGAGAUCAAAAAGCGGAUGGGGCCUGGGGCCGCCUCAGGGGGCGAGCGGCCCAACCUCAAGAUCGACAGCACCCCAGUGAAGCCAGCGGGCGGUGGCUGUUGCUAGGAGGAGCACGUGUGGGGCUGCUCCUGGAGAUGACUGCCCAGAGGGAGCAGGAAAUGCUGUCUCCACCCUCCCUCCCUCUGCGGCAUUUGAGUCUGUGUCUGGGGUAUCCUGAGCUCCCCAUCCUCCUCUGGCCUGUCUGCCCACUGCCCUCGUUCUGUCAGGGCCCCCAUGGGAGGGCCCAAAGGCCUGCGGCGGGGCUGGGGACUUCUCUGCUGCUGCUGCCUCUUGGUCACUUUAAAAGACCCCACCACACACCUUUCUUUGGGAUGAAGGCUCCUCUCUCUGCUCCCUGCCCCACCCCCACCCCUUUCUCUCUCACCCCCCACCUGAGGACCUUCCCUGGCCUCUCCAGCUGUGGCCCCAGUCACUGACUGGGUAUGGCCAGGGGACCUGAGAUGCACAGCCUGGGGCCAGACCUUAGAAUAGGCAUGAGGCCAAGGGGCCGGCAGCCCACCCUGGCCCCCUGCCUCCCCCAGCCCUCCCACACUCGCCUCUGCCGUCCAGCUGUGCACAUAGCCUUGGCAAGUGGGCGGGCAGCCGCCUGGGCCUGUGUCUCACUCCUUGAGGGAGCCAGCUCAGGCCGCCCCUGCCCUGCCAGAGCCAGGACCACGUGCUGCCUGCCCACCGUGCCCCUUUGUCCCUGAGGCAGGCGGAGGCAGAGGACCCAGCAGGCUAGAGGCAGCACACCUGACUUACCCUCGCUCCCUUCCGGCCACUCCCCUGCCCUCCUCCUCUAGGAUGAGUGUGGGGGCAGAAGGGCCCAAAGGGUCCCUGACCCCUCCACACCCAGGGUUCUGCCCCCACCCCUGCCCUCUGGCCCAGCUGCUUGCUGCAGAAAAACCAACCUUGGUCUCGACCUGAGAAGCCACGUCCCUGUGCUGUCUCUUGCCUGCCCCACUUGUGCCCUGCCACCCAGCUUGUAUUUAAGUCCCUUGACUGCCUGUGGGGGGUGGGGGCAGUGCCUCAGGCAGUUCCCCUGUGGUGUCAUGCCAGGCAUUUUGCAAGGAAAACCCACUUGGGGAACAAUGGAACAGGACAAAAUAAAAUCCAUUUCCACAGGCCCUCAGGUGACCAAGGGCUUUUGCAAGGAA